AAAUAUAAAUAUAAAUACUGUAUUACUCAUAUUAAUCUCUAUAUCCUAUAAAAAUCAUAUCUAUUAUCAUUGUCAUAUCAAAUUUUAAUGCUCAAAUUUAUCUUUCAUCAAAUAACAAAUUGAAUUUUUCAAAAAUUUGAAUUAAAUUUACAUUCCUAACCCUAGUUGAAUAAAAACAAAACAAGGCAGUCACCAACCCCCACCAAAAUAUGUUCAAAACAAAACUCUGGCAGCUGCAUAUUUUGCAUCGCCCCACUGGUAGGAGCCUAGGAGAAAGGCAAGCAGCUCGCAGGUUGCAUUGAAACAUAAGAAUAGUGUUGAAGGGCUUGUCGAUAUUUACAUUAGAAAUGGCUUCAAGAAUGUUGUGGGCUUCAAGGGCGGCUUCUUACCUCAGGAUCUCAGUGUUCCAGAGAGGCUUUUCCACCGUUUUAAAGGAUCUGAAAUAUGCUGAUUCUCAUGAGUGGGUGAAGGUUAAUGGUAAUUCUGCCACAAUUGGUAUAACUGAUCAUGCUCAAGAUCAUUUAGGUGAUGUUGUGUAUGUUGAGUUACCAGAAGUGGGAGCCGCUGUAAAGCAGGGUGACAGUUUUGGUGCAGUUGAAAGUGUCAAGGCUACUAGUGAUGUUAAUUCUCCUGUUUCAGGAAAAGUGGUUGAAGUUAAUGAAGAGCUUAACAACUCUCCUGCUUUGGUUAACUCAAGUCCAUAUGAGAAUGGAUGGAUUAUAAAGGUUGAGAUGAAGGAUGCCGGGGAGUUGAAAAACUUAAUGGACUCAGAAGCGUACUCCAAGUUCUGUGAGGAAGAAGAUUCAAAGCACUGACCAGAUGAUGCAUUCUGCGCAGAGAAUGAUAAUUGCUAUACCCUGGAAGUGGACUGGUUGAGAAAUGUAGCUUUCUUGUUGAUGUUUCUAUCAGGCCGUGCAAUUUCAUGUCACCUUACAUUGUAUUGGGUUUUGAAUUGGUGUCAUGUUUUCUUAAGCUAGAUCAAAGAACAAUGAUUUUGGUUUUGGAAA